AUGAUUGGAGCCCCUUCAGCAAGAGAAGCAUCCCUCAUCAAGCCUGACCCGGUCAUUAUUUAUGACGUGAUUCUCCCCAUCACGGCCAUGGCUUCUUCCCUGCGAGACCGCUGUGCACUUGCGCUGGACAAUAUUGGUCAGGAACUGGCAACGCUGCAGCGCGAAAAUGGCGAGCUCGACCAUCGACUCAGGGAACUCGAAGAUGCCCUUCAAACCUUGCCCGUCUCUGCUCUCUUAGAUCCCAAAGAGGUGUAUGCGUUGACCAAAGAAGAGCUAGUACAGGCUCACUUGCGCCUGCGCCAGCGCCGGCGACUCGAAGAGCUGGCCAACGCCGAACUGCAGACGCGACUCACCCACGCCCAAAACAUGCUCAUCGAGCAGAACGAGGCAGAGAAGCGCCUGCUCGAGCUGCAGCAUGCCCACCUGGCCCAGCAACAGUUCCAGGCAUCCGUCUUGACAAGCAUUGAAGAAGGGAGCAUCUACAAGCAAGCUUGUCGCAUGCAGGAAAAGGCAAUUGAGAGCCUUGAAACCCUGUUAGAUCGCCUUCGUGCGGAUAUGGCCUUGCGACUGCAAUCUGAUGUUCCAAGUCCGCUCUUUGAGCGUCUCGAAGAAGAGUUGGCCAAAGUGGAGCGCGUUGUGCGAGUAACCGCACCAGCAACAGGGUCUUCACCUAGUUCAGCUGAAUCAAAGCUCAAGCUCAACGCACAGGAAGAGCUGCAGGGCCGUACCCAAGAGAUGCAUCGACUGCAGCAGGAACACCGUGCCCUCCAACAAUCCUUACAAGUGCUCUAUGAGCAGGCGGACAGCGGCCAGGACCCUGCAGAACAAGUGCUCCGGUUGCAGUCCGAGGUAGCCGCUCUCGAGUCUGAGCUUACGGCAAUGGCCCAACAAUUUGCAGACGAGGAGCUGGAACUCGAGAUUCAGUUGAUGGAGGCCCAACUUGAAAGUGAGGCCUCGGCCAUCGACAUAUCAUCUCUCCCCACGACUGAGGCCCACGCCCAUCUAGCGCUGGGAGCGGCCGCCCCUUGGCUGGAGCAACCUGCGCCUCGAAAACCCUCCCUUUCAAAACCAGCGCGACGUCAUGAUUCUUUGGUCCUUCAAACACUCUCUAACUCUCUCUCUCUCAAACUCUUUCUCUCUCAACUAACUCCUCUCUCUCCCAAACUUUCUCUUUCUCUCUCUUUCUCACUCUCAAACUCGCUUACAUUCUCUCUCUCAAAAACCUCUCUCUCAAACUUUCUCUCUCAAACUCUCUCUCUCUCAAACUCUCUCUUUCUCUCUCUCUCUCUCUCUCAAACUCUCAUUUCAUUUCGUUGCGCCAACGCGCCUUUCACGUCCACACCUCAGACGAGCCCAGACACUGCAGCAUCCACACAGUCUACGAGCACGACCUCAAGCUCCACGCAUGUUGCUCCCACCAGCUCUACAAGAAUCAUCACCGCCCCUGCCAACAUUCGCGAAGCCUACCGCGUUCUUGACAACAGUGCAAUUAACAUGCGUGGUUCCUCCUACUACGUCAACUACAAUACUGUCUCGGGCACCGUGGAUGAAUGCAUGACGUCCUGCUUUGAGGACGACACAUGCCUCUCUUUUGACUAUGACAAUUCAGAUGGCGUCGGAUGGAUGCACCGAGUGCUCGCUCGUUGUGCCAGUGGGGCGGGCGCCUCGUUUCUGAAUGGAACAAGCGAUUCCACGCAGUUUUUUGAAAAACUUCCCGCAUAUUGGACAGGCGCACUUUUAGGCUCCCUGUUGAUUGCUGUUGUCUUGAUUUUCGGUGCCGAAACGUGGCGCUCGCACCUUCGACGUCAAGCUCAGCAAGAGCGUCGCGCUCAACGAUGGGCCGCCUGCUCAGCCCAACCCCCGACCACCUCGCAAGCCUGCAUCAAGGUGGGCGCUGCCCUUCGCCGAGCCGAAAAGGAGAAGCGCGACUACUACACCGGUUUCAACCAUGGAAAAACUCUGAUCGUCCCUGCGGCGAUGACGACAACCGGUGGGUUCGCCUCCUCCUUUGUGGAUCUGCUUGGUCAGCUCGCCCGCUGCGCCGAGGCCCGUGGUGUGUACCAGCCGGGGCUGGAUGAGGCCUUUGUUCCUCGGUGGAAGGGUCGCUUUGCGGCGCUGGCUCGUGCCGUGAUUGGUAAUUCUGAGGUUCAGGCCGUGCGCGACCUCUUGGUACCGCCCGGGCUGACCCCGUACAUUGCUUCAACACCCGCCUCCACGUCUACACUGGCACCAGCCACGGCUGCGAGCUCCCCAACCGUGUCCUUCACCAAGGGUGAGCUCCCCAAGGCGUUGGCGGCCACGAAGGGCGUCACCGAUCCCUAUGGUUGGUCUGGUGAGCUUCUUGCCUCCAUCUACCGCAUCAAGGAGCACUUCAGUCAAGUCUUGGGCCCACGCCAGGGUUCUACCAGCGACCCGACUGCUCCUUCUGAUGGAGACGCGCCUCAGGGCCCCACCACCGCCACUGGAGGUCCUCAGGUUGCCUUGAACAAGAUCUUUCACCACAUUGCCAACAACACCGUGCCCGAGUCGAUUCGACAUGCCCUUUGCUCCAUCAACUACACUAUCCUGGAGAAGGCCAAUGGCAAGUUUCGACCCGUGGGCACGGAUUCCAUCUUCAACAAGGUUGUCAACCGCGCUCUGCUCGAGCAACAGCAGCCCCAUAUUGCCCACUUGCUACAGGCCAGUCCAGAGCUGGCCGUCGGAGUCAAGGACGGCAUUUCAGCAGCGUGCCUUCAACUACACCGACCGAGCACGGCUGCCGAGAUUGUGGCCGACAAGGUCCCUGGCCUCUUGCGCGCCUUUGAACGACACUAUGCUCGACCCACUACCCACUGCAUUGUCGACAAAUUCUUCAAGGUGAUUGACAUUGAUGUUGGCCAAGGCAUUGUGCAGGGCAACGAGCUAUCGCCCUUCUUCUUUGCCCUGUACUCCUGUGAGGUCCUGGGUCUCCUCGACACCACCACUGACUACCGCUGCAAGGUCAUCAAGUACCUCGACGACAUUGUACUGAUGGGUCCCGCGGAGGACGUGGCGGCCGACGUCGAGAUUGUCAAGGCUCGUGCAGAGUCUGCUGGCCUUCAUCUGCAGCCCAGUAAGAGCCGCUUCUACAUGCCUCGCCACCAUUCGGCUUCCAUCACUGCUAUCAAGUCUGUAUUGCCAGAUGCCGUGCGCGAGACGGCCAACACGGGCAUGACGGUCUUGGGAACGCCGAUUGGCCGUCGCGAGUGGAUGAAGAAGCAGCUGAACGACAAGGCAAAGCACAUUGCUGGCAAGCUCAAUGACAUGCUGACGACCGGUUACGUGCCUAGCCUCAUCAACCACCUCUACACGCUGCCCCCAAGUCUCACGUCGGGCUUGUCCGAGCUCUUGAACCGUGCUUGCAAGGACACCUUUGUCAAAGCCUUUUUUGCCAAGGUAAACCUGUCUGCACCGGCUGGAGCUGAAGGUCAUGACGUUACGCUGGAACAGCUCCUUGAGGCUCGCCUCUUCACACGGGCCAACACCGGGGGCUUUGGCCUGCACGACUUGGUUGAGCGCGGUCCGGUGGCUUAUGUCUGCAACAUGGCCAAGCUGGCCACUCGCUACCCUCGGGUCUACGAUCGACUCUUGAAGGAUGCAUCGAGGGCUGCCGACUUUGAGGUCCAUGUGCAGCGAGCUGGCUUCCAGAUGGCCACGGUCAAGGACGCGGCGACUCAGCGACCAGCUGAGAUCAUUGCCUUUCGCUCCAAGGCGGCACUGGACGACCUGAUGGCCAAGUGCGCGCUGGACCUGCAGCAGGCAUAUCUGGCCUCACGCGAGUGGGGCGUCAGCACUGUCUUGACCAUGCGGGGUCGAGACAAGUUGCGUCGAUUGAGCGACACGACCUUUGCCAUUGCGGUCGUGUCCAUGAUGGGUUUUGGCCUGCAUGAACUCAUCAACUUGCGUCGCUUGAGCGACACGACCUUUGCCAUUGCGGUCGUGUCCAUGAUGGGUUUUGGCCUCCAUGAACUCAUCAAUGUCAAGCCGACGGACAAGUGCCCGCUCUGCAGCAGCAAGACACCUCAGCCGCGACUGACCCGCGAGCACCUGUUGACCUGCCGUCCCAUCAAGCGUCACAACGCCCUUCGCGACGAGAUGGGCCGCCUGCUCAGGUACGCCACCCUCUCCCAUGUCUGGGUGGAAAAGUCUGGCUACAACGCCAACGGUCAGAGCUGCCGCAUCGACCUGCACUGCCGCAACCCCUUUCCCGGCGGUGCUCUGGGCCCAGCUCUGCCCGACCUGGGCAUUGACGUGACUGUGCGCACAGCCCAACCCCCGACCACCUCGCAAGCCUGCAUCAAGGUGGGCGCUGCCCUUCGCCGAGCCGAAAAGGAGAAGCGCGACUACUACACCGGUUUCAACCAUGGAAAAACUCUGAUCGUCCCUGCGGCGAUGACGACAACCGGUGGGUUCGCCUCCUCCUUUGUGGAUCUGCUUGGUCAGCUCGCCCGCUGCGCCGAGGCCCGUGGUGUGUACCAGCCGGGGCUGGAUGAGGCCUUUGUUCCUCGGUGGAAGGGUCGCUUUGCGGCGCUGGUCCAUCAGAUGAACGCUGACCACAUCCAGCGCCACUUUGGCGGUGUCUGCCUGCGCUCGUCCUUUGCUUUCAGCUCUGAGGUUCAAACACCUAAUUUAUAUCUGGUUAUACUUGGUAGUUUUGCUCGUGCCGUGAUUGGUAAUUCUGAGGUUCAGGCCGUGCGCGACCUCUUGGUACCGCCCGGGCUGACCCCGUACAUUGCUUCAACACCCGCCUCCACGUCUACACUGGCACCAGCCACGGCUGCGAGCUCCCCAACCGUGUCCUUCACCAAGGGUGAGCUCCCCAAGGCGUUGGCGGCCACGAAGGGCGUCACCGAUCCCUAUGGUUGGUCUGGUGAGCUUCUUGCCUCCAUCUACCGCAUCAAGGAGCACUUCAGUCAAGUCUUGGGCCCACGCCAGGGUUCUACCAGCGACCCGACUGCUCCUUCUGAUGGAGACGCGCCUCAGGGCCCCACCACCGCCACUGGAGGUCCUCAGGUUGCCUUGAACAAGAUCUUUCACCACAUUGCCAACAACACCGUGCCCGAGUCGAUUCGACAUGCCCUUUGCUCCAUCAACUACACUAUCCUGGAGAAGGCCAAUGGCAAGUUUCGACCCGUGGGCACGGAUUCCAUCUUCAACAAGGUUGUCAACCGCGCUCUGCUCGAGCAACAGCAGCCCCAUAUUGCCCACUUGCUACAGGCCAGUCCAGAGCUGGCCGUCGGAGUCAAGGACGGCAUUUCAGCAGCGGUUGGCAUGGCCUUUGGUGAGCUUCAAGCCUGUGAGUCUACCCCGGGCUGGACCAUGCUCUCCCUCGAUUUCAAGAGUGCCUUCAACUACACCGACCGAGCACGGCUGCACGAGAUUGUGGCCGACAAGGUCCCUGGCCUCUUGCGCGCCUUUGAACGACACUAUGCUCGACCCACUACCCACUGCAUUGUCGACAAAUUCUUCAAGGUGAUUGACAUUGAUGUUGGCCAAGGCAUUGUGCAGGGCAACGAGCUAUCGCCCUUCUUCUUUGCCCUGUACUCCUGUGAGGUCCUGGGUCUCCUCGACACCACCACUGACUACCGCUGCAAGGUCAUCAAGUACCUCGACGACAUUGUACUGAUGGGUCCCGCGGAGGACGUGGCGGCCGACGUCGAGAUUGUCAAGGCUCGUGCAGAGUCUGCUGGCCUUCAUCUGCAGCCCAGUAAGAGCCGCUUCUACAUGCCUCGCCACCAUUCGGCUUCCAUCACUGCUAUCAAGUCUGUAUUGCCAGAUGCCGUGCGCGAGACGGCCAACACGGGCAUGACGGUCUUGGGAACGCCGAUUGGCCGUCGCGACCUCAUCAACCACCUCUACACGCUGCCCCCAAGUCUCACGUCGGGCUUGUCCGAGCUCUUGAACCGUGCUUGCAAGGACACCUUUGUCAAAGCCUUUUUUGCCAAGGUGUAUGUCCAGUACAGUGUAAUGUGUGUGGACAAGGCGAUUGUCACAGAGGUAUCCAACCAGUCGAAGUGCAUACGAGAACAUGGAUUGAAGCAAGGCGAAGGAACAAGACAGAACAAGACAGAAGGAGGGAAGUGGAACGACCGAGGUCAAGAAGGAAAAUGGUACCGAUCCAGGGAGAUCGCUCCCAUUUAUAGCAGGUGGAAACACACACACACAGUGGAGACAGAGAAUGGACUAUCACACUGA